AUGGCCGUAGAUCAUUUAGAAUCGCGACUCCAGUUUCUCAGUCAAGCUGCCAAUUUGCUUGCCGUUUCGGCACCGGCAGUUUCUGCAAACCUCGGGGCUGCCCACCAAGUGCUUCUCGCGGCUAAUGACAAGGACAUUGAGAUGCAAAGCAAGGAAUGGGGCUUGCUGCGGCGCAAUGUCUGUGGAGGAUGCGGGAACGUUAUGAUACCUGGCUUAUCAUGCAGCGUAUCCCGACAUGUUGAGGUUGGGAAGAAGAAGAGGUCAAAGUCAGCACCACCCACGAAGGAGGAGCCCAAGAAGCAAGUCAUCUAUACUUGUUCAAGAUGCGAGCGCAAGACUGCUCAAUCAGUUCCUUCUCGACCGCCAAAACACAUGGGAGUGCAACCCAAAGCAACCCAAUCGCAGGCUUCACAGCAACCUGCGUCUGCAAGCACUUCGAUGGAGCAAGAAAGCAAAAUCGUCAAAUCUUCUAAUGCAACCAGCAAACAACGGAAAAAGGCACGGAAAGGUGGUCUGCAAGCAAUGCUCAACAAGAGUAAGGCUUCGACCUCAACAUCUGGUGGAUUAGAUCUGAUGGACUUUAUGCAAUGA